AUGGAGUUUACCAAUCUAAUUUUGCCUAUAACAAAGAACAUAUGUCGCACUUGCCUUAUAGAAUCAGAUACAUCAAUGUUUAUGAACAUACAAGAUUUGAUAGAACAUGAGGUGAACAAAGUUAAACUGAUUGAUAUUUUGGUUUUUUUAAAUUGUUUAGAGAACAACGAUGAAGAAAACUGGCCUCAGGGAAUAUGUGCCUCAUGCGUGUCUACGGCUUUACUUGCUUAUAAUUUUAAAUUAGACUGUCUUAAAGCAAACAGUACUUUAUCACAAAUUCUUAUGAUACAGUCACCCACAAAUUUGCAGAGAACUGAAAUUGAUUCUAUCGAUAUAAAUGUCGUAUAUCAAGACCACGAGUAUGAUGUACCGUUAUUUAGUAAUCAACCGACGUUAGAUUUCGACACCACACUCUCCACUAAUAAGGAAUUGACUCCACUGCCACCUGUAACUGAAAUAACUUCUAAAGAGCAACCAGCUAGAACUGAAGGUGAGAAAAGAUAUUCCUGUACCUUGUGUACUAAAUCUUUUACCAGACUUUAUGGUCUGAGAUACCAUAUGAACAAGCAUACAAAUGUAAAGAAGUAUCUCUGUUCUAAAUGUGGUAAAACAUUUUAUACAUCAGGAGGCUUAAACCAACAUUUGCGAUCACACAGAGAUGUGGCACAAUUCAAGUGUGGCUUCUGCCAUAAGACUUACAAAUCAAGGCAGUCACUUAAAGAGCAUUUCCGUGUGGCUCAUUCCAGUAAUCGCAAGUUAUAUGUUUGUGUUACUUGUGGAAAGCGAUUUACUGCCCGAUCAACUUUAAUGAUGCAUCAUAAGACUCAUAGUGGAGAGAAACCAUUUGCAUGUCCUAAUUGUCCAAAGAGAUUUACAAGAGCCAUAUAUUUGAGAGCACAUAGCUUGAUUCACUCUGGUCUAGAGAAGCCAAAGCCAUUUGUGUGUACUCAUGAUGGCUGUGAUCGAAGUUUUUCAAUGAAACAUUCCCUGUUGGUGCAUAUUGCACAUGCUCAUGUUGUUGAGAGACCUCAUCAGUGUGAUAUUUGUUUCAAGGGCUUUGCUACUCCAUUUGGUUUAAAGACACAUAGAGAAACUCAUCAGAAAAAGGAGGUAUCUUGCGAGGUAUGCAAUAAAAUGCUAUCAAACAAGAAGGUAUUAGAGAAACACAUGAAAUCUCAUGAUGUGGAUGCUAAUGAUAUGAUAUUAGAAACUGUAGUUGAUAAUGUUUUUUUUGACCAGGUAUAUUAG